CCUCCUCUUCUCUCUUUCUAGAGCUCUCCAUCUCCCUUUUCUUUCUUGAAUCAUAUAUAGCUGCAACUAAACUUGCAAAUAUUAUAUUGGUGAAGUUUCAAUCCUUCUUAGCCUACAGAGAGGCAUGGAUGAAGUCGAGAUACCUCAAUACUACCUCUGCCCGAUCUCCCUCCAGAUCAUGAAAGACCCUGUCACGGCGGUUUCCGGCAUCACGUACGACCGGGAAAGCAUCGAGCACUGGCUGUUGACGGCCAGGUUCCCGACAUGUCCGGUCACCAAGCAGCCUCUGCCCAGAGACUCCGACUUGACGCCCAACCACACUCUUCGCCGGCUCAUCCAGGCUUGGUGCGUUGCCAAUGCUAAAAAUGGGGUGGACAGGAUUCCGACCCCGAAACCGCCUCUCACAAAGUCCCUUGUUUACAAACUCAUCCGAAACCUCGACGUUCCCAAACUGCAUAUGGAAGCUCUGAAGAAACUGGAAGAGAUUGCAGAAGAUGAUCGGAAUUUUGAAAAGAAUAGGGUUUGCAUGGCUGAAGCUGGCGUUGUCAAGGCUAUGGUUUCUAACAUUACACGAUUUUUCAUGGAGAAAGAGACCAAUGGGAUCGAGGAAGCCCUGAAAAUUCUCCACCUUGUUUGGAAACCUAACAUGGAAUCGAAGCAACUGGUGAAAGAAAACUUCGAUCUCAUCGAGUCUUUGUUGUGGGUUCUACGAUUCAGCAACCAGAUUGCAGUGAAAACACACGCGAUUCUAGUGCUCAAACUGAUCCUUGAAGUUGCAAGUUCAAGUCUGCUUGAGCGAUUAAAGCCCCAAUUCUUCAACCAAAUUGUCAAGGUUCUGACAGAUGUUAAAGCGUGCCAGCAAGCUACGAAAGCUGCCUUGCAUGUACUAAUAGAGGUUUGUCCAUGGGGAAGAAACCGGGGGAAGAUUGUCGAGGCCGGGGCAGUUUUCGAGCUCAUCGAACUUGAACUCAGUAAGCCCGAAAAGAGGGUUACUGAACUAAUUUUCUGCCUUUUAGCUCGCUUGUGUUCUUGCGCCGAUGGUAGAGCUCAGCUUCUGAAGCAUGCCGGCAGCGUGGCUAUGGUGUCGAAAAGGAUCUUGAGGGUUUCUCCGGCGACAGACGAACGGGCGAUUCAGAUACUGACAUUGGUUGCCAGAUACUGUGCAACUCAGGAGGUUCUGAUGGAGAUGUUGAGGGUUGGGGCAGUGUCAAAGCUCUGCAUGGUGCUUCAAGCUGACUGUGCAAAGUUCUUGAAGAACAAAGCAAGAGAGGUGCUUAGAAUGCACUCCAAUGUUUGGAACAACUCUCCUUGUAUUGCUGUCUAUCUCUUAACUAAAGACCCUAGAUGAAGAACGGGUGGUCGAUGGACGAUCAGGUUCUCCAUAAUGUCUCUCAGACUGUUCGCGUUUAUGGACAUAUAGAUAUAUAUGUUGGUAUCUUUCUUUACGACUUUUCAAUAAUUAAUUUAUAAGACGAUGUAUUAAAUAUUGAUUAAUAAAAAUAUUUAAAUACACCUUAAGAAAGACUCUAGAUAUAAAUUGGAGAAGCAAGUAUUUGUAUCUGUUAAAAUGUUUUCCCUUUUGCUUGUCAUGAUUCAUGAUGAAUGGUUGGGAAGGUAAAGUUAAUGUUUGGAUAUUAUAAAUAACGUCGAUAUAUGUAUAUAUAUAUAUAUAUAUAAAUAUAUUUCAGAUGAACUGUGACCCUGGCUUGCAGGCUGUAUGGUAAGUUGGAUCAUUUUUUUGGUCUGGUAAUGGCCUUUCUCACUUCUGCAUGAAGCUCCUAGGUUUUUCUUGGAUAAGAAGUUAAUUGAUUUAUUUGGGAAGAUGACUUUAGCACUAAUUAAGAUUUGAGGAUAGAGUGUUUUCAAGAUUAACUUUAAUUUCAGAAUAUGUACCAAUUGUAUUAUCUUCUUUAAAUCAAUGUUUUCAUAUAUGCGGAUUGAUAUCAGAAUUAUUAUAUAUAUAUUCCAAUUGCCACUGGGUUGCAAAUAGUAAUAGUAAUGUCCCCGCUUUGGGUGCAAUACUUGUGAAAAACUCAUUUUCCUUUUAGCUGGCUCACCUUAUAUAUCAUGCUUGUCUUCUUUCUAGCUCCUUUUUUUUCUUUUUUUCUAGAUAAAACUAUAUUGAAUUGAGUAACAUUAGUUAUUGGUGUUGGAAAUAUUUUGUGUGGACUACUAUUAAUUGUUAAUGAUAUUAUUUUGUUAAAAACAGGCCGAUAAUAUGGUCCAUUGUUUUCUAAGAGAUGUGUAUGACAUUAUCGUUAUUGAUAGUAGUCUAAUUAAUUGUUAAUGGGAUAUGCACGCGUAUUGAUUUUUUUCAAAUUUAGGUGUGACUCAAGGAAGAGUAUAGGUCAUUAUUUAAUUAACCCGUAAUGGGAGGAUUAUUAAAUAAAUAUUUUAUUUAUAUCUAGAUCUCUUCUCCACUACUUUAGGGUAAAGGAAGCGUGCUUUUAGCUUCUUAGAGUUCCAUGUACUAGCGAAAACUGCUCUUGUUAAAGGGGCUUUAAGAUCCCAUUUUUUGUGGAAGGUUGGGAAUGGUUGAAACAUGUUCAUUUGGCAUGAUCAGUGGCACCCUUUGGGGGUGCUCAUUGAUCGCUUCUAUCGCCAGUUGCCUUGACAAUUAGGUAUUUCUAUAAUGGCUAAAGUCUCAAAUUUUGUUGAGUAUGGUUCUUGGAUUUGGCCGGAGACUUCUUCUCCAUCUUUUCACCUUAUUCGGAAUCACCUUUCUAUCAUCCCUCGUCUCUUGAGCAUUGUGAUGAGCCUUAUUGGCUUCCAGCCUCGAACGAGGUUUUUUCGGUUAGAGCUAUUUUCUAGGACCUUUAGGGUCAACGUCCUUAGGUGCCUUGGUAUCGGUUAGUUUGGUCGUUUGUGGGUAUUCCUGCCCAUUCGUUCAUUCUUUGGUUAGCGAUUUGGGAGAGUUUAUCUACUCUAGAUCGUGUUAACAUAUUUUUGUCUUUUCCGAAUGGAUGCUUUAUUUGCAGGGUGGAUGCAGAAAGACAUAGUCACCUAUUUUUUGAGUGCCCAUAUUCCCAUGAGGUGCUGUCUUUCUUUCGAUGAUUGAAGAAAUUUAGCUGGCCUUGGCAUAAAUGGAAUAUUGGUGUGUGGUGGGCAACUGCGAGAUGGAGUGACAAGAGCCCCUGCCAAGUGGCAAAUAGGUUGGUGCUUCAUGCUUGAUGUAUUUCAUCUGGAAAGAGCGUAACAACAGGUGUUUUCAAGAUCAGGAAAAAUUCGUUCCCCGGCCAGUUGGCUCACCAGAUUCAAUUCACUAUGUGGGCUCGUUUGAUGACUAUCCAUUUCAAAUUGGCUCUUCAAAGUCAUGUUCUUCGUCAUGUCUGGCAGCUUCUGAGAGACCAAAUUGUUUCUCCCCAUUGAGCAAUCGCUUGUUUGCUUCUAGAGGAUGGUUAUUGUAUUCCUCGAGCCUUAUGUUGGUUUCAGCUUUAGUUUCUGGAUGCUGAUCGAUUUUGUUUUUCUAGUCACUGAUAUAUAUAUCUUCAGUAUUUUUCUUCUUCUUUUAUUGUUAUUUUUUCUUGGCCUAAAAGGUAAUGGUUGUUGUGCCUUAACCCUUGCUUUGCUUUGGUGGUUCGAGGUUCGCCCUAACUUUGA